GCGGAGCAUCGGCGGCGCCCGGGCGGGGAUGGCGGCUCCGGGAGCUCUGGAGCCGGCGACCGGCAGCGUGCCGGGUACCAAGGUGGAGCUCACCGUGUCCUGCCGGAACCUGCUGGACAUGGACACCUUCUCCAAGUCUGACCCAGUGGUGGUCCUUUUCGUGCAGGGCUCAGGGAGCAGCGAGUGGAAGGAGUUUGGGCGCACUGAGGUGAUCGACAACACCCUGAACCCCGACUUCGUCCGCAAGUUCGUCCUCGACUACUACUUUGAGGAGAAGCAAAACCUCCGCUUUGAUGUCUACAACGUGGACUCCAAGAGCUGCUCUGCCUUAAAGCAGAAGGACUUCCUGGGGCAGGCAUUCGUGGCACUGGGGGAGGUGAUUGGGGCCCAGCGGGGACGCCUGGAGAGACCCCUCACGGGGGUCCCUGGGAAGCGAUGUGGGACCAUCCUGCUGCUGGCUGAGGAGCUGAGCAACUGCCGGGACAUCAUCACAAUGCAGCUGUGUGCUAACAAGCUGGACAAGAAGGACUUCUUUGGAAAAUCUGACCCCUUCCUCGUCUUCUACCGCAGCAACGAGGAUGGCACCUUCACCAUCUGCCAUAAGACAGAGGUGGUGAAGAACACACUCAACCCAGUGUGGCAGCCCUUCACCAUCCCCGUGCGUGCCCUCUGCAACGGCGACUACGACCGAACGGUGAAGAUAGAUGUGUACGACUGGGACCGGGAUGGGAGCCACGACUUCAUCGGGGAAUUUGCCACAAGCUACCGGGAGCUGUCUCGAGCACAGAGUCAGUUCACAGUGUAUGAGGUGCUGAAUCCCCGGAAGAAAUGCAAGAAGAAGAAAUAUGUGAAUUCUGGCACUGUGACACUGCUCUCCUUCUCUGUCGAGUCCGAGUUCACCUUCGUUGACUACAUCCGGGGCGGGACGCAGCUGAAUUUCACCGUCGCCAUCGACUUCACGGCCUCCAACGGGUUGCCAUCACAGCCCACCUCGCUGCACUACGUGAGCCCCUACCAGCUGAGCGCCUACGCCCUGGCGCUGAAGGCAGUGGGGGAGGUCAUCCAGGACUACGACAGUGACAAGCUCUUCCCUGCCUAUGGCUUCGGUGCCAAAGUCCCACCCGACGGCAAGAUUUCCCACCAGUUCCCCCUGAACAACAAUGCAGAGAACCCCAGCUGCUGUGGCAUCGAGGGUGUGCUGGAGUCCUACCUCCAGAGCCUGCGCACCGUCCAGCUCUACGGUCCUACCAACUUUGCCCCCGUCAUCAACCAGGUGGCAGGGACAGCUGCCCAGGUGACUGAUGGCUCGCAGUACCACGUCCUCCUCAUCAUCACUGACGGUGUCAUCUCCGACAUGCUGCAGACCAAGGAGGCCAUUGUCACCGCUUCUGCCUUGCCCAUGUCCAUCAUCAUCGUGGGAGUGGGUCCGGCUGAGUUUGAGGCCAUGGAGGAGCUGGACGGUGACGAGGUGCGGUUGUCUUCCCGGGGACGGUUCGCCGAGAGGGACAUUGUACAGUUUGUGCCAUUUCGGGAUUACGUGGAUGACUCCGGCAACCAGGUGCUGAGCAUGGCCCGCCUGGCCAAGGAUGUGCUGGCUGAGAUCCCCGAGCAGCUGCUCUCCUACAUGAAGACCCGUGACAUCAAACCCCGCCGGGCAGACCCCGAGUAGCUCCUCCAGGAGCCAUGGGAUCAGCUGGUGGGGCAAGGAUGUGUCAACCUUUCCUCUGCCAGUGGCCAGGGCUUAGCCAAGGAGAUGUGGCCCCACAAGGCAAAUAAUCAGCUGCUGCAGUUGGUGAAAACGGUUGGCGAAACCGGGGCUGUGACCCUCUUCUGGCAGUGAGACCACAGGGCUGGAUGUCCGUGGCUGCCUCGAUGUCCACCAGCACGCUGGGGCUGGCUCGGACCGUGCAGUCCCAUCCCUCGG